CAACACGUGUGGCGGCGCUCAGCUGGUGGUGGCGGCGGUCUGUGGCUCGUGGUGUGGAUCCUAAAGUUGCAGUCAUCGGGAAGACAAACCCUUCAUGCAAACUGCACCUACUAUCAAAAAGAAAAGUUGAUCCUAACACCUUUGUGGUCACAAGGAGGAGAAAACAUUCAUGCUAACUAUACGUACCAUAAAGAAGAAGAAAACUUUAAACUCGACUUUAACAGUUGUUCGUACAGCGGCCUGUGGAUCAGUCGUCUCAGUACUGUGGAUCUGCUCCCAACACUGGAUCACUGCUCUCGGUGUUGUGGAUCACUGUGCUUACUAGGAGCUUGCUCUCAGUACCGUGGAUCACUGUUUUUUCUAGGGGCAGCUCUCAGUAUUAUGGAUCACUAUUCUUGGUAGGGGCAGCUUUCAGUACUGUGGAUCACUAUUCUUACUAUAGGGUGCAGCUCUCGGUAUUGUGGAUCACUGCUCUUACUCUGCUGUCUCACCUGACGAUGAGCAAGAGUAAGCGUCAAGGUCGCCACCAGGAAGUAAAAGAGACAGAGUUCUUCGGUAGUCCAGAUUCUGAGUGAGCAGUUCCAGCCCAGUUCCAGUUCUUAUCAUAUAAUAUGGAAGGGAAUGCCUUUGUAGCUCCUGGCCAUCUGCCACUAAAGAAGAAAUAUUCUGGACCAACAGGACGCCCUCCCCCUAGUCAUCAACACCGACAAGAGGCAUCGUGGAUGACACCUGAGAUCCGCAAGGAGUUACAGAACCGCAACAGCCUGCAAGAGGUGUUGCAGAGAACUGAUAACCCUGAGGAUUGGCAAGCAUAUCAGGCUCAGUGUGAGAAAGUACAAAGUAUGAUAGACAAAUCAAAGUCAAGUCUGGGCUUAGCUCACAGUUACAACUCGGGAGCCAAAAAACCGUGCAUUAGCCCUACCCAGAGAAGACCCGCCUUUGCAAAUGGGGUGUCGGAACAUCAGUAUUCUGGUCACUCACAAGGGAUGCCUGUGAUUGACCCCAGAACAGCUUAUUACCAGAACUCUGCAAGUUACAAUUCUCAAGGAAUGAGCAGACAAGUUCUCUCGUGUGGACCGUGUAAUCGUUCAUUUUAUAGUCAACAAAGACUUGAUGAGCACUUAAAAGAGCAUGUAGAAUGUCCCUUUCCCGAGUGCAGACUUAGUGCUCAUAUUAAGAUCAUUGACCAGCACAUAAAUAAUCAACACAUGCUUAUAAAUUUUGCAAAUUUGCAAAUAGAUGAUGAUACUUGGAUUGCAGAGAGGAAAAAGAGGUUUCCAACUGCCCAGAGAGCAGAGCUGCGAAGGGCUGAACAAAUGGAAAAGAUUAAGAGAGGAGAAAAGUUAGGGAAGAAAAAUAAACUGUUUAACAAAGAUAAAGAUAAAUACAACAAAACUAGAAAAAGGGACAUGAAUAGAAAUAGAAACAAUGGUGCAGAUAGUCUGAAGGACCUCACAAGAAGUAAAGAUAAUCAGAAGUUAGAGGCCAAAGGUGAACCUAAGAUUUCUGCAAGUCAUGAAGUAAAUGGUGAGCCCAGAGGCAAAUUUAGACAGAAGAUGUCACAGAGACGAGAAGGUCCAACUAAGGCAUGUAUUGUAGUUGAUCUUUUUGAUUCUGAUGAUGAGUUUAAGGAUGGUAUUCCUGCUUUUAAGGGAACAAAGAAGUUUUAUGAGAGCACAGGAGAAGUUAGUUACUUCGGGAUGAAAAGUAUGAAUGCAGUUGAUGUUAAAGAAGAAAUAUCAAAAGAUACUGAUAUUGGAAUUAGUGAUGAUGAUGAGGAGUGGCAUACUGAGAGUAAAGAGGUAAAUACUUCUGGAGCACUGGUGUUAGGAGGUGCACUGGGAUCAUUAAUGGGUACUUAUUCUGAUUCUGAAGAUGAGAAUGUUGAAAUGCCAUCAUCUAGUCAGGAUAUUGGGAAUCUAGAUACAGUUCCUCCAAAGAGCACUGCAAAUGAAUCUAAAGAAGAAAACAAAGAUGAGAUGAAAACUGAGAAUAAUAAGCAGGACAGCCAUGCUGCCACAAGCCAUAAAGGCAGGCGGCGACAGAGGCAUCACAAGGGGGCUAAAGCACCUAGGGCACAGAAACGACCCUUGGCCACUAAAGGGCCUGUAGUGUCGAAGCCGUUCCCAAAAAGGCGGAAAACACUGCUUGAGAAACUCUUACAACCAGAUAUAAUACAUGAAAGGAAUAUCAUCCUUCAGUGUGUUCGGUUCAUUGUACAAAAUAAUUUCUUUGACGUAAACACAAACAAAGAUAAAUGUGUAGAGGUGCCAAAUAAUUCCAGUUGUCAGGAAAAGGAGGCCAGUACUUAGCCAUGUAUCGAGGUCCCUCCAAGGUUAGCUACUGACCUUCCCCAGGAUGUAACUCCUCAACAGUUGCCUAACUCCUGGGUACCUAUUUACUGCUAGGUGAACAGAGGCAUAAGGUGAAAGGAAUCAUACCCAACCAUUUCUGUCCUCUCUGGGGAUCAUAUCAAGAAUUCCUGAUUGAGAGUUAAGGAUGAGCUUAACUGUACUAAAGGAAAUCAGAAUUAAGUGCAGGAAAAAAUAGUAUGAGAAACAAUUAAACUAAUGGAAUUGGAGGAAACUGGUCAAGUGAGAGUGUGUGUGUGUAAAGAAAGAUGAAAUAGUGAUAAAAGAGGAAAUUGGAAAAUGCCAGGGAAUAAAAUAACAAUGAUGAAAUGGGUAUAAGGGAAGACGCUGUGAUGUUGAUAUAAACGGUACAAUGAACAUUUAUUAUGAAGAAAAUAACACUUAAGCUCCAUAGUAAGAUAUUCAGAUGAUAUUAUUGGGAAUAUUGAUAGUCACUAAAAAAAUGAAUGAGAAUGAGAAAAAUUACAAAAUUGAAAUGUGCAAAAAUACCCCAAGCCCAAGCGAUAGCAAUAUGGAAACGAACUCAUGUGGCUUGCAAAGCAAAGACAAUAUUAUUGUGCAAAAUUAGAUGAACAGAACAGUGCUCUCAAGCAUCAUAAGAUUUAAAUUAAAGAUAAUUGUAAAAAAUUUCUGGGUAUUGUCAGUGUAGACUUAAGAGCUGUGCAUGUGUAUUUGAUGCAAGCAUUUGUGCGUAUGAAGUGUUUCAGAUAUUGUGCUCCUUUAGUAGCAGUUACAUGAUGUGAGAGUUCAAGAAGUAUUGAUAGCAUUCAUGUAUGAUUAAUAGGAGCUCCAUGUAUUCCAAAUAUUUUACACACACACGGUAAUGUUUGAGCUUGUAAGAUCUACUUGCAAGUGUCUUAAAUUACCUACUUAAAUUUUUUGUACAGUAUUUAAAAUGUUUGUUAGUAGUGUAAAUAUGACAAAAAUACUAAUAUUAAACUUUGAUCCAGCAUACUACUGCAUCAAACAUUUGUUUAAUAUGUUUAAUGUGUUAAAAUUUGCAUCUCCCUUUAAAUACAUUAUUGUAAUUUUAGAGUAAUUGAUGGCUGUUAACAUGUAAUGAUGGUUUAUUAAAAAUAAAAUAUUUCUGCAGAUUGUUCAUUAAUAAAUUAUGUAUAAUGA